GGAAGUGGCGACAAAGUGUCGGUCUCCAAGAUGGCGGCCGCCUGGCCGUCCGGUCCGUCUGCUCCGGAGGCCGUGACGGCCAGACUAGUUGGUGUCCUGUGGUUCGUCUCAGUCACUACAGGACCCUGGGGGGCUGUUGCCACCUCCGCCGGGGGCGAGGAGUCGCUUAAGUGCGAGGACCUCAAAGUGGGACAAUAUAUUUGUAAAGAUCCAAAAAUAAAUGACGCUACGCAAGAACCAGUUAACUGUACAAACUACACAGCUCAUGUUUCCUGUUUUCCAGCACCCAACAUAACUUGUAAGGAUUCCAGUGGCAAUGAAACGCAUUUUACUGGGAACGAAGUUGGUUUUUUCAAGCCCAUAUCUUGCCGAAAUGUAAAUGGCUAUUCCUACAAAGUGGCAGUCGCAUUGUCUCUUUUUCUUGGAUGGUUGGGAGCAGAUCGAUUUUACCUUGGAUAUCCUGCCUUGGGUUUGUUAAAGUUUUGCACUGUAGGGUUUUGUGGAAUUGGGAGCCUAAUUGAUUUCAUUCUUAUUUCAAUGCAGAUUGUUGGACCUUCAGAUGGAAGUAGUUACAUUAUAGAUUACUAUGGAACCAGACUUACAAGACUGAGUAUUACUAAUGAAACAUUUAGAAAAACGCAAUUAUAUCCAUAAAUAUUUUUUAAAAAGAAACAGAUUUGAGCCUCCUUGAUUUUAAUAGAGAACUUCUAGUGUAUGGGUUUAAAGAUUUCUCUUUUUCAUUCAUAUACCAUUUUAUGAGUUCUGUAUAAUUUUUUGUGGUUUUUGUUUAUUUGAUUUAAAGUAUAUUAUUGUGAGAUUUAUUUAAUAGGACUCUCUUUGAAAGCUGUAUAAUAGUGUUUCUCGGGCUUCUGUCUCUAUGAGAGAUAGCUUAUUACUCUGAUACUCUUUAAUCUUUUACAAAGGCAAGUUGCCACUUGUCAUUUUGUUUCUGAAAAAUAAAAGUAUAACUUAUUCACA